UCCCAGGCUGAGGAAGCACCAAAUCACUAGCCAGUUAGCCUUUAAACAAUUGACUCAUUCUUGUAUUUCGUGGUACUCGAUCGCAGUACGCUAGAGCAUUGAAUGAACACAUUUACACAGUAACGCUAACAAAAUGUCUGGCUCUGCACCUCCAACCCCGCCGGACGAAGGCUCUGACACGUGCAGGUUGGCUGCCUUUCUUCCUCCCGGCUAUCAAGCCUUCAAACCGGAGGACCAUGGCCUAGACCGAAGCUUUCGGCUAACGGCCUUCUCCGAUCUGAAAGGAUGAGGCUGUAAAGUCCCUCAGGAGGCUCUGCUCAAACUCCUGGAGGGACUUGAGCCCGAUCGUCCGGGUGUAGCGACUGGAGAGGAUGGCGGCCCGGCGGCAGGUGCCGGCGAUGAGACGUCGGAAUUCGGUCAGCUCUCUGCUGCUCAUGGACCCAGAUUAGGUAUUGGCUUGGACUCCUGUGUCAUUCCACUGAGGCAUGGGGGUCUCUCCCUGGUCCAGACCACAGACUUCUUUUACCCCCUAGUGGAGGAUCCAUACAUGAUGGGUCGUAUAGCAUGUGCCAAUGUGCUAAGUGACCUCUAUGCCAUGGGGAUCACAGAGUGUGACAACAUGCUGAUGUUACUCAGUCUCAGUCAGAAGAUGAAUGAGAAGGAGAGGGAGCAAGUGAUGCCACUAAUGAUAAAGGGUUUCCGUGAUGCCGCAGAAGAGGGUGGGACAUCCGUUACAGGCGGCCAGACUGUUAUCAAUCCCUGGAUCAUCAUCGGGGGGGUGGCCACUGUAGUGUGCCAGCCCAAUGACUUCAUCAUGCCAGACAGUGCGGUUCCUGGGGAUGUGCUAGUUCUCACCAAACCUCUAGGCACACAGGUGGCCGUCAAUGCCCAUCAAUGGCUGGACCUGCCGGAUAAAUGGAACAAGAUCAAACUAGUCAUCUCUAAAGAGGAAGUUGAACAGGCCUACCAGGAAGCCAUGCUCAACAUGUCCACCCUCAACCGCACAGCUGCGUCACUCAUGCACAAGUUCAAUGCGCACGCGGCCACUGACAUCACGGGCUUCGGCAUCCUGGGCCACGCCCGCAACCUGGCGCAGCAGCAGCGCAGCGAGGUGGCCUUCGUCAUCCACAACCUGCCCAUCAUCGCCAAGAUGGCCGCCGUCAGCAAGGCCUGUGGCAACCUCUUUGGCCUGCUGCAGGGCACCUCCUCCGAGACCUCAGGUGGCCUGCUGAUCUGUCUGCCUCGUGAGCAGGCGGCGCGGUUCUGUGCGGAGAUGAAGGCGAGUCGGCAGGGUCCUGGCGCGGGGGUCCCGGGCCCGGAGGCCGGUGGCGAGGGCCAGCAGGCCUGGAUCAUUGGCAUCGUGGAGAAGGGCAACCGCUGCGCCCGCAUCAUCGACAAGCCCCGCAUCAUCGAGGUGCCGCCCCGCGGCACGGUCUCCGAGGGCAACAACAACAACAGCACCAGCCCGCCGCCUCCUGUGCAGAGUCCACCCGUGUCCUAGGGCCAUGCCCCCCCCCCCCCCCCUUCCACUUUUCCCUUGUCCUACCAUCUUCUUCAUAACGCAGGAUAAGAGUGCUUUUCUCACCUCCAUGGUGUGCAGUCACGAGGUGAAGUCUCCAUUAGAAGCCUUUUAACAAUCAGUCAUCAUCUUUCUUUCUCGUAUCUCAUCUUUUGGCAUCUGCCUUUCCUUUAUUUCUUCCUCUGUCCUUUUUAUGCACCCUCUCUUUUUUUCUGUCUGUGUCUGUGUAUGCGUGAGUAUGUGAGAGAGUAUUAUGCUCCCUCUCAUGUAUGUGUGCAUAUGUGAGAGAGUAUUAUGCACCCUCUCUUUUUUCUGUCUGUGUGUGCGUAUGUGAGAGAGUAUGAGUGUGUUUGUGCAGUCUUUUCUGGGUGUGUUAUGCCCGGGGCUGCUUGUUUGCUCAUUUGUGUGCAAUCAGGAUGUAUGCAUCAGUCAGUGAACAGAAGACACCUUGCCUGGUCUUUGUGCACUGAGGAUAUUGUCUGACAUGUGUGUGUGUGUGUGUGUGUGUGUGUGUGGUGUGUGUGGUGUGUGUGGUGUGUGUGGUGUGUGUGGUGUGUGUGGUGUGUGUGUGGUGUGUGUGUGGUGUGUGUGUGUGGUGUGUGUGUGUGUGUCUCCACUUGUCUUUGGGUCUCUGCUGUCCAUUUCGUCCCCCUGUUCAGCCGAUGGGUUGAGAGCGACAGACCAAAAAUUCUUUCUUUUAUCCUGGUGGGAGUCGGAAUGGACAGCACUCAGGCCACUUUCCCCUCAUCGCUUCUCUUUUGUCUAAUGUCCCUCUCUGCUUUCCGUACCUUGAAGCGUCAUCUCUUGCUAUCCUUGCUAUGUGUAUAUGCGUGAAUCUACUGUAUGGUCAUGUGGGUGCGCUUGUGUCCUGCGAGGUCAUCUCUCCCUUUCCCUUGUCCUUCGUCACUUGUACACCAUUCGGAUCCCCCAGCCCUCCUCACCUCAGCCUGGCCGGCCCCCACCCUUGGCAUUGUCACGGUCAGCCCUGUCUAUAAGAUGCUGGCCACUGACGUUAACAGAGGGAGUGACAGUGGGAAGAGAGGAGUGUGCUUGUCCUCCUGCGAGUGUGUGUGUUCCUUUCAUUCACUUUCCCUCCCUUCUUUGACCCCACCCACCCAUCCACCCCUAUUUACCAGUCAGUGCUGGGCAUUGAGUGAACCUGUCUUGAGUGUAGGAGAGGGAGAGCGGGGAUGGGGGUGUAUGGGGGGGGUAUGCUCGUUAGCCAUGUCUGGCUCCAAACCUCCAGAGUGGGCUCGGUCGGGAGCUCUCUGUGCGUUGGCAGACGCCAAGCUUUUGUUUUCCGUUCUUCCCUUCCUUCCUUUUUCCACCGUGAGAGAUCAUAACAUUCCGUCAGUUUUCUUAAUUGACCGUGAUUUUAGACGAGAACUUAAUCCUUCCGUGACAAUCGGGGAAAGCUGUUGAGGGUAUUUUUUUUCUUUCUUUUUUUCCCUUAUCCUUCCAAAGUAUUUGGAAGUGAUUAAAGUGAUGUGAAAUGUGCGGAGACGAUGAUGUGGUUAUCAAACGGUGACGGGUCCAUAGUAAUCUCAGGCGCGGAUCCUCUGGCCCAGUGCAUUAUAAUUUAUUGACUCUUUGAAUGGUACCCAUUUCCUGGACUUAAUUGUGUCUUUUUCAAUUGAGAAUCAAAACAUCCAGGAUGAGAAUCAACAUUUUGUGAAAAUACUGAAGGCGUCAAAUUACCUGACAAAGAUAAACUGAAAAAAAAAAACUUACCACCUUAUAUGAGUGAACUGAUGUGGUUGUGUCUAUCCCGUACAUCAAUUUGGUAUCUGAUAUUUUUUAAAACAAAAAACUUGAAGAUAAGCACUGACUGCAUUGAAUUAAGAAUAGUGUCCUAGACAAAUGUAAUGAUGGUGUUGUUCAGCUACUUUCUCAAAGUGUAUUAGUCAGUAUCUUAGUGAACCAUAGUAGUUGGGUAUCAUUGGGAAGACUGUCAGGGGAGGUGGCAGAACCAUAGUAAUCAGGGCUGAUUGCUGUAUCAUUUUACUCCUAUGUACACAUGAUGGUAGGAAGAAGGCAGUUUUUCUUCACUAAGAUCGGGAUGGGUAUUUAAUUAUUUGGAAUGUUUACAAAUUUGGGUUUUCAGUUGUUUUUGUUUUUUUUUCAACAUCAUAGCUUUGUGAUUCAUUAUCCCCAAUGCACUAUUGACAUUGUUUAUAGGAUGUUGAACACUUUUUUAUUCUUUGAUUUAGAUUGUUUUCCAUGUGUGAAACUUGGCCACUUCUGCUGAAUCAGAGAGAGGGUUGAGCAGCUCUCUCUGGUCCAAUUAGAGUGGUCCGUUCACCUGACUUGCCAUUUGAUUCGCCAUAGCAGAACAUUAGCUUCUGCCCCUUUCUGUUUAUGAUGCUUGACCUUGUAAACCUCGACCAAUGGGGAGAGGUUAAGCUGAUUUCAGUCGAAAGAAUGGGGUGGGCACUGGGCUGCUUGGUUGAGACAUUUGGCCUUUUUUGAUUAUCUGUCAUGAAUUCAUCCAUUCAAAGUCAAUAAAGCAAUCAGUUUCUCUAAAA